AUGGUCGACAUGGCGCCUCCCCUCCGCCCGUGGGCCGACCUCGAGUCCGGCAUCAUCUCACGCAUCGCCGACUCCUGCGCGCUCAAGGACUACGCCUCCUGCCGCUCCGUCUGCGGACCCUGGCGCUCCGCCCUCCCGCCGCCGCUGUCGCGGCCCCUCGCCGUCCUCUCCGCGGACGACGCCGCGGGCCACCCCGUGUCGAUCGCGGCCUGCUCCCUCCACGCGCACCGCUGGUCCAGGCUCCUCGGCCUGCAACAGCCGACCAGGCUUAGCGCCAGCGGAUGCCGCUGCGUCGGCGCGCGCGACGGGUGGGUCGCCCUCGUCGCCGGCGACGCCGAGACGGGCGUGGGCGCAGGACCCCUGCUGUUCAAUCCGUUCACCGGCGAGGAGAUCCCGCUGGACUCGUCGCUGUACGAGCCCAAGCACGAGCUGGCGCCCAAGAUCGUGUUCUCGCCGAACCCCACGCCGCGAGACUUCGCCGCGGUGAGCGUCUGCCGGCCCAACAGGGUCGCCGUGCAGAGGGCGUGCGGCGGCUGCUCGUUCAUCAUCAUCGAGGAAACGGAAGGGCUCAUGGACGGGGCCGUCCUGGUCGAUGUGGCGUACGGCGACGACGACAAGGUCUACUGCCUGGCGCUGGACGGUGAGGUGCACGUGCUUCACCUCAACCGCCGCCGCCGUGGCACCUCCUGGAUGCCGGCGGUGGAGGUGAGGAGACUGCUUGGACCACUGCUGAGCGUGCCCCUCGGAGCCGACGCCUUCCCGCCGCCGUACAACACCAUCUCCCAGUUCACAGACGCCAAGAACCUGGUGCUCUGCGACGGCGUGCUGUACCAGAUAUGGAGGCGGCCCAGCGGCGAAGGCUCUGCCACCGUCGACGCGCCGCCCGGAGGAGCAGGGCGGUGGAUUCACAUCUUUGAGGGCGACGUCUUUGUUCUGAGGUACGACCGAGGGAGCUGCCCGUGCUGGACCGUGGCCGAGGAGAAAGACCUAAGUGGCAACGCUGUGUUCGUCGGGAUGAACGAUGCGGCGGUGGUGCGUGGCGAGGGCGUGAGCGCUAACAGCGUGUACUACUUUGACGGCCCGCGCGGGAGAGACUACGAGGCCGUCGUGUACAACAUGGCAACCGGAACCUCUGUGCGGUGGCCGGCGGCGACCGCAGGCAUGUCGAGCCCCGCCUGGUACUUCUUGCCGGCCGGCGAGAGCCGGCGCGUGGAAGCAGUAGCAAUUGACGUGGAAGCCACAUCUGAGGAAGCAACUUCUCCCGAAUAUGACGAGAUGGAGCAUCCUGUGUUCCGUCCCAAAAGAACCAAGAAUUUGCUUGCGAUCGAUGAACCAGAGAGUGAUGCAUGGAUUAUCGAGGUUGAACCUGAGCUGGAGAUUGAUUGUGAAGCAUCUAAGCACAAAGUUCUUGGAGCUGAACUGCUGAAGCGAAAGCAAAGCCACAGUCAGCAAGCGCCCCAAUCCACCGGCCACCGCCUCCUACUUAUCGUUUUGGUUAGCAACCCGGGGUCGGAAGAAGAGCAGCAUCGGGACGGGUACGACCAGCAGAUGACCAUCUUCUCGUCGGACGGCCGCGUCUUUCAAAUUUUAUAUUGA